AGCAACAGUGGAACGGGGGUCCAAUCAGGGCACGGUGCCAGACCCUGUGUCACAACUCGGCACAGGCGUGCUUGGUGUUCACACCUUCGCCGCUUUAGGACUGUUCACCUGCCUCGCUCAGCAAAUCAAGUCAUCUUCCAGAAGGGAGAAAUACAGCGCAGCCCAAAGCUAAAAAUCAGGCUCCCAGAAUGCCACCUCGAUACCACGCGGUUGCAAGCAUCGCGCUCUGGCGUCCAAUUAUUUUUAGUUAUGACGGUGUGGCGUCCCCCUCUCCAGCGCACCUCGGUGGUGCGCAAUCCACUUGGCGAACGCUCACACACUCCUCUGCGCCCACCGGCCGUCGGGCGCAGCACCAGGUUGGGAGUUGGGAUGAGUGGUGUGGGUGUGGCUGUUUCCACUCGAGUUCGAGCAAGAUUGCAACGCCAACCCUCCGGACCCGUCACCCCGUCUCCUCCGAACCUUCGAUUCCGAACCUUCUCUCGUCAGCGCCGUACCGUAUCCCACACGGUGUCCCCCAUCAGCGUCCUCACCGGCCGACCAUUGCAGUUACGCGCGUCUCGAACGACCUCCCGACCCUGACCUCCUACCUACCUCCUAGAGUGUAUCCACGGAUGUCUCGGGCGGGGGCAGAACCGGAAUCGGAGGGGGCAGAGGUGUCUCGCAUCCCCACAUCGCUCUUCACCAUAAUUCACACCCAUGCCAUGCAUACCCAAACACUCCUAACCUCAGUCCCGGGCGUGAACAUCAAAUCCAUGCACAGCGUCGAUCAUCCAGACCCCACGCCCCCUGGCAAAAGACCCAACUCAGAAACCCCAUCCGUGAAGCGGGGUUCUGGCGGCUCGGGGCCAGGUUCUGCUUGGCUCUGGCGGAAAGCGCGGGGAUGAAUGAAGGCUCGCUCGGCUCGGCUGAACAUGCGGGGCGGGGAUGGAGCGGGGCAUGUCGAGCUCCGGAUUGGCAUCAACCUCCCCCUCUCUUUAUCGAUCUCUUCUCGCACCAGUGAGAAGCCAG